AUGGCAUUUGUUAUUACAGAGGGUGGUCAACCUUUAGGGGAUCCAUUAACAGCUCAUGCCACUAACAUACCAAGUUGCAUUACUUAUCCGGGGGUGGAGGAAGGGUUUGCAUUCGAAAUAAAGCAACAUAUGUUGAAUAUUCUACCUACAUUUCAUCGGUUCUCAACUGAGGAUCCUAACAUGCACAUUGCAGAAUUUUUAAUGGGAUGCAAGAAUAUUUUGGUAAGAGGAUUUUCAACCGAAUCCAUUAAGCUCCGUUUAUUUCCGUACACUCUGAAAGAUCAAGCAAGGAGAUGGCUCCUCACACUUCCAUCUGGAAGCAUUAGCACUUGGAACCAACUCAAUGAAAAAUUCUUAAGCAAGUAUUAUCUAGCUUCAAAGACUCCUGACAUGAGAACUCAGAUUCUAUCUUUUGCCCAAAAACCAAAUGAAGAGUUUCAUGAGGCGUGGGAACGGUUCAAAGAGUUGAUUAGAAAAUGUCCGCAUUAUGGUAUUAACAGUAUUGAUCAAAUGCAUAUAUUUUUCAGAGGACUAAAUAUGACUACAAAAACUCUUGUCAAUGCUUCAUGCGGAGGUUCGCACAAGGAUAAAAAUGCACAAGAGGCUUGUUUAUUAUUUGAGAAAAUGGCAGUAGACACACGGUUCACAGGCUACUGUACAGCAGCCCUUACAAGUUGCUUGCAGUAUUUGCAGUAUGACAACCCUUAUUUUUUGAGCUGUCCACAUAAAGCUGCUUAUCCGGAGUUUGCAGCGGAACAGGUUGAUGCAUUUAACAAUUUUCGGCGUCUCCGAAAUGACCUAUAUUCAAAUUUCUACAACCCGGGUUGGAGAGAUCAUCCUAAUUUGAAGUGGGAUAGAGAUCAGCAUGCAAAGCCACAAUUUCAACAACAGAUUGCAUUGCAAGUUUCAAAAAGAGCAUCGGGUACUUUUCCCAGAAAAACAGUACCUAAUCCAAGAGGACGAGAAGAAUGCAACGCUAUAUGGACUUUACGGUCUGGCAAAAGUUAUGACAACAGACAUGAAAACUGCCCUGAAAAUUCGCAGGCAGCACCACAACCACAAAUAGAUUUGAGAAAUUUUGCAAAAUCUAAUAUUUUUGUAGAUUCUGUAGUUUCUGCAAAUUCUGGGCAGCCACAAGACAGAUCCGAAAAUACUGCAGAAGCUACCACAAAAACUGCAAAACGUGUUUAUGUGCCUCCAAUGCCUUAUCCUGGAAGGUUGAGGCCUAAAGCUAAAGAUCAACAGUUGACAGAUUUUAUGAAGACUUUGGCUAAAGUUCAGAUUAAUCUACCAUUAAUUUAUGCAAUCAAGAACAUUCCAUCUUAUACCAAGUUUUUGAAAGAUGUUUGCACAAAGAAAAAGAAGCUUCUGGAUUUCGAAAAAGUGAUUCUAACGGAAUAUUGCAGUGCGGUCUUAUUGCAUAAAUUGCCUCCAAAGAAGAAAGAUCUAGGGAGUUUUACUAUCUCUUGCACCAUUGGAAAUUGUGAUUUUAGCAGUGCUUUAAUUGACUUAGGUGCUAGUGUAAACUUAAUGCCCUAUUCUGUUUUUAAACGUUUAGGUGAAGGAGAGCUGAAGACAACCUCCAGCAUUAUUCAAUUGGUUGGCCAUUCAAUUACCUAUCCUAGAGGAGUCAUUGAAGAUGUUAUUGUUAAGGUUGACAAUCUAUAUUUACCAGUUGAUUUUAUGGUGUUGGACAUGGAUGAGGAUUUGACAGCACCCAUCAUUUUGGGCCACCCAUUCCUGGCAACAGCCCGGACUCUUAUUGAUGUUGAAGCCGGAACUCUAACAUUUCGGGUUGAAGAUGAAACGGUUGUUUUUAGGUUGUUUGAAGCUACCACACUUCCAGGUGAUAAGCAAGAAUGCAUGCGUGUUGAUGCAUUAGAUGGGAGACAAGAGUCUCGGUGGAAGGGCCUUUAUAUGGUUAUGCAGGUUUUUCAUAACGGUAACGUGGACAUUGAAAAAGAGGGCAGGGGUUGUGUGCUCAAGGUCAAGAAGUAUUUACUAAAGCCAUGCAUAGGGAAAUUUGGUGCAAGCAAGUCUUUGACUCUGAAGGAACCAGUGAUCUGA